AUGAAGGGAGUCAGUCAGGCCGAGGUCAUCCAGUUCCUCAAGAGUCACAUCAUUCACAGGUUUGGGCUUCUAGAGACUGUCAUAUGCGAUAACGGGAGCAUUUUUGUUGGGGAUGAGGUGGUGGCAUUUGUGAUUGAGUUAGGAAUAACAUUCACCCAUGCCACCCCGUACUACGUGCAAGGCAACAGACAGGCCAAGGCAAGUAAUAAGAUUCUCAAGGGGUGUUUAGCGAAGGUUGUGGAUGACAACCCACGAAGAUGGGCAGACAUGCUUUCUGAGGUAUUGUGGGCAUUCAGGAUGUCACAGCGGACCAGCAUGGCCACUACGCCCUUUGCGUUAAUGUAUGGCCACGAUGUAGUGUUACCCGUUGAAGUUAGCAUAAGAUCAGCACGGGUGGCAUUCCAGUAG